AUGUGGUUGUCCAAUCCUAGUUGUAGUGAGAUUGUUGAAGCCGUGUGGCAUAGCAGUGGUGUUACUGAUUUUGAUGAAAGAAUUUUACAAAGAAUUGAGAAGUGUGGUAGGGAUUUGAGUUGGUGGAAUAUCUUUGGGAAUGUAAGAAGGGAGUUAGAAAAAUUGAGGAAUUUACUCCUCAAGGCCAAGAAUGAAGCUGUCCUAAGUGGUGAUAAUACUCGGGUUAGACAACUAAAGAAGGAUAUUGAAGUAUUGAAGGAUAGGGAGGCGACUAUGUGGGCACAAAGGUCGAGAUUAUUAUGGGUAAGGCAAGGGGACAGAAAUACAAAAUAUUUCCAUAGUUAUGCCACAAAGAGGUAUAGGAAAAAUCUAAUUGGGGGAGUUAGAGAUUAUGAGGGGAUAUGCAAAGUCCACCCGGAGGAGAUAGCACCAAUUUUUGUAGAUUACUACAAAAUACUCUUUUCUUCAUCAGGACAUAUUGAGGUUUCAAGGGUAUUGGAGUGUGUGCCAACAAUGAUUAUGGAUGAGAUGAAUUCCUUGUUAUGCCAUGCCUUUGAAGCUAGUGAAGUGAAUGUGGCUUUGCAACAAAUGAAUCCUCUAAAAGCUCCCAGACCGAAUUUUGUGAAUGAUGAGGCCAGUGGUUUAAUCCACCCAACAAGGGGCAUAAGGCAAGGAGACCCAUUAUCUCUAUUCUUAUUUUUACUAUGUACGGAGAGGCUGAAUGGGAUGAUAAAAAAGGUUGAAAUUGAUGGGAAUAUCCAAGGGAUAUCUAUGGAUGAGUGUCGGAAGGUGUUGGAUAUCUUGAAUGACUAUAAGGAGGCCUUAGGACACAAAAUAAAUAUAAAUAAAACUGCACUUUUCUUCAGCAAAGCCACUAAUGCCGAAAUAAAGAACAAUAUCAAAGAAGCUUGGGGAGUUUCAAAAAUUAUGCAAUAUGAGAAAUAUUUGGGUCUACCUUCCUUUGUUGGGAAAGGAAAAAAAGCAAGCUUCAAUUACAUUAAGGAAAAGGUGUGGCGAAAAUUACAAGGAUGGGAAGGGAAGUUAUUCUCACAAGUAGGUAGGGAAGUGUUGAUUAAAUUAGUCAUCCAAGUCAUUCCAACAUACACAAUGGGAUGUUUCAAAAUUCCCUUGGGUCUAUGCAAUGAGAUUGAAGCCAUGAUAAGGAAGUUUUGGUGGGGACAAAGAGAUGAUAGAAGAAAAAUCCAUUUAAUAAAGUGGAAAGAUUUGACGAAAUCAAAAGUAGUUGGUGGUAUAGGUUUUAGAGAUCUUGCCAUGUUCAAUGUCUCAUUACUAGCAAAGCAAGCUUGGUGCCUUUUGCACAACCACAAUACUCUCUUCUACAAGGUUUUCAAGGCAUGGUUUUUCCCAAACACAACGAUCAUGGAGGCUAAGGAUUCAGGAUGGGGCUCUUAUGCAUGGAGGAGUAUACUUGUAGGAAGGGAUGUUAUCCAAAGGGGUGCUAGAUGGAGGGUUGGCAAUGGGAAAAAAAAAUCAGAAUUUGGCAAGAUCACUCGCUGCCUAGAAAGCACCCUUCCCUUCUAUCCGAAUGCCCAAUAG